AUGGCGCCGGUCUGCUGCUUCAGUGCUGCUGUUGCGGCGGCGCGCCCGCACAUCGGCGCGAUGCGCUUGCAUCGAGCACAUGCCGCGAUGCACGGCGGUCCGCAGGCUGCGACGGAGCGGGGUUGCGGCAUCCGGUGGAGCCUAGGUGGCCACCGGCGGGAGGCCGCAGCGCGUGGGCGCGUGGUGGCGAAGGCUCUGGACCCCGUGGGCGGCGUCAUCGCUGCGAGUACCGUCUACGCGGGGUGCCUGGUCGUGUGCAUGGCCGUGGCCCCGCUCUGGAAGCCCGUGCUCUCCUUUGUGCGCAAACCAACUUGCGCGCUGCCGCUCGCGAUGGCGUACGCGGCGCUGCUUGCGGUGUCCUGGGAGCCAGAUACACUCCAGCUCAUACUGCCGGGGAGCUUGGAAGAGGGCCUGAAAGGCUGGAACCCGCAGUUCUUUCCCACCGUCGAAACGAUGUCGACGCUGUUCGCCCGGCCGCUCACCGCCGCCUCCCUCUGGCUGCACAUCCUCACCGUCAACGUCCUCGCCGCCCGCUGGGCCCUCGUGGAGGCCGUCGAGUGGCCGCUCCACACGCGUCCCGAGGCCGAGCCCCACGGGAGCGAAGCGGCCUCGCACCCCGAGUCCCUCAAACACCCGUGCUGGCAUACCGUGCUGCUCUGCGGGACGCUCGGGCCUGUCGGGGUGGCCGUGCACUUCGCGACGGCCGCGCUGUGGACGUGGCUGCGUGCCCGGCAGGCCGCGAGCAGCCACCCGGCCUCGCCCGGCGAGAGCCUCGGAUGA